UUGUCAGUUCGGUUAGUUCCAAAAGUCCUUUUCUCAAAGUAACAUCAUCCCAGAAGUAGCAACGUAGCUAGCAGUUUGCAAACCGUGAACCCUUCAUGGGGCCACAUUGCUCCGGUUGGCACAACAAUUGAAAUUGAAUUGCAACAUUUGCAGAAUAAGGAAAAAAAGGAGUUAAAUACGCAGUGCUCGGGAGAGUAGGGCGUUUGGUUUUGUUUUUGGAUUUGGAAAGAUUUGUAGUUUGGAAGCUGUAGAAGUCGCUGGAGAAUCAGUGACGUAUUUUGUGGUCAAUUUUGGUUUUGUAAAACCACCCAGAAGUGUCCCGAAAAAGCGAUAACUACGAACUAGUUGAGUUGAAAUGAAAGUCUGGUAAAGAGUUUUUUUUUCUUGGACUGACCUCUCCGAACAAUCAGGAUGUGAUUGAAUCGAUUAAGGACAAAUGCGACAUACUUGGAUUCUCUUUGAGGAACGUAAACCCGAUUAGACAGAGAGACACGGGGAUCCAAUCGUUCCGUUGUGGUGCUGCUGAUUUCGAAAGGUCUUUUGUUUUACGGAUUAGAUCAAGUGUCAAAGAUCUUUGCUUGGGGAAGUAGAUAGGAAAAAUUGAUCGGUCAGUGACAGUGGAAAAAUUGAAUGAAAAUUUUCCUGGUUUGCAUUGGUGUGUGAGUGUAUGAAAACGGGAGAGGAAAAGUGCGUAGCUCAUGUCAGUUUUCGAUGUGUUGGUGGCUACCAUGACCGGAGGCACGGCCGUGUAGCUUCAGUUCACAAGAGAAGAAAACCGUGUGUUUGUUUUCGAAUCCUCCUGACAGGACUGAAUCAUCGUUUUUUUUCUGUGGCCCGGGAGAGGGAGAGGCACGAAACGUCCUACUCAGACAGAGCAAGUGACUGACAAAGCACAUUCCAGUCAGUUAAAACACGUGUGUAUAGCCGCGUCUGAACCAUUUCAGACUUGUCGAUCGAUACAACUAGUUUUAUCAACAAAACUGAAGAAAAAAAAAGAAUAAUACCAACCAACCAACCAACCAACCACCACCCACGGUCAUAAACUUCUAGUGCGAUAGAAUCACAAAUUGGGUCCGGCUGUUGCGACGGGUCGUAUUGGAUUGCAUGUUUGAAUUCUUAAUGCAAUUUACCUUGAGUGACAUUCCACAAUUGGGAGUACUGACUAGGACCGACUGCCGCUAUCAACGAGCUGGGGUGAAGGCUAGCCGCCAUCUGGAAGCAGUAGAAACAUGAUCCUGAUAGCUGGUGUCGAUAAUUACCUAAACGUUUCCAUGGAGACCACAACGUUUCUCGGAGCAGCCUUCGGUUUCGUCGCCCUGCUGCUGGUCCUGUUUCUGUACAUCAAUAGGAAGUGGUGUUUCGCAACCCCCGGAAGCUUUUCCUGCUGUGAUGAAAAUGCGCUGUCGGCGAAAGCGGUGCAUACAAUUCGUAGUCGAUUCGCUUACGAUGGCAAUUCCAGCUCGGAUUCGGAGGAGGAAAUUCUACGUCGUUUGAAGUUGCAGCAGUCCUGUAGCUUGCACAGCGGUCAAUUGUCCCGGUAUGGAGCCGGGGCGCUUAAUCCGGUGAAUCCGGAUCUAGCACCGAGUCUCGCCGGUUUGCAGCACGUUACCAUCGGGGCACCAGGUGAACCGGAGCUAAUUAGCCUGGGUAGAAAGGAUAGUAAGAAUAGUAAGCAUGGUCAUCACAACCAUCAUCACAGUCACGGUCAUCGACAUGGAUCGUCGAGGGACCCGCUGGCAUUGGCUGAACGGGGCAAGAUCGGAAUGCCUCAUUCCAGCAGUGAAUGUAGUUCCAACAGCUCCGUGGAAGCCUCGGUCGAGAGCAAUACGGGGCUGGUUGAUGGAGAAAAGAAGGAUCGACGCUUGAUUCUACCAUCGGCAACCGGGAGGCCAUUCGGUAGCAGUUCCGGUAGUCUCAUGAAAGAAGCUACCACGGAUGGUAAGGAGUUUGGGAACAACAACAUCGGAGGAGCGUCGGAAACUACGAAGUACAACCGAUUGCCGGUUCAACAUCAAGACAGCUUGGAGGAUGCACCGGACAUCAACAGUAAUCAAGACUGCAUUGUGGUCCUUUCGCAGGAACCUCUGUUCGAUACUAGCGAUUUGAAGUCCCUCAAGUCCGAUACCGGUACGAUCGGUCUAGGGCCGGAAAGUCCCACGUCGACCAGCAGUCCAAACGGAGUGCUGGAAGUUUCACUACUGUACGACGCACCGAUGCGCAAAAUGACGGUUCACGUCCUACAGGCUAGAGGAAUUCCGUCCCGGAGCAGUGCCAGUAUGGUUGCCGCAGCCAGUACCGGAGAGACUAACGCGAAGGCCAGUCAGUCGACUACGCAUACUCAGGUGCGGCUACUGAUGCUACCGAGUAAAAAACAGAAACACAAGACCAAAAUUCGUUCCGGUGAGAACCCACAGUUUAUGGAGAGCUUCCUGCUGCAUCGGGUCAACCCGGAGGAGGUCAACUCGAUGGGUCUGCGAAUUCGGGUUUACGGUUGCGAGCGAAUGCGACGCGAACGGUUGAUCGGUGAGGCGAUCAUCAGUUUUGCCAACAUCGAUCUUGAGCUGGAAACGAACUUGUGGCUACCGCUGGAACCGAGAGCGAAUGCUGCUAACAAUGGUUCCACGAGUGACUUGCUGAGUUUAGCACGGUCGGAUAGUACGGGCUCGACGACCUCCAUGCAGCAUGGAGGUGUUUCCGAAUUAUUGCUUGGACUAGGUUAUAAUGGAACUACUGGACGCCUCACGGUGGAGAUUGUGAAAGGUAGUCAGUUCCGCAACCUUAUACUGAACAAAGUGCCCGAUACGUACGUGAAACUGUGUCUGGUGAGCAGUAUGGGUCAGGAGAUGGCCAGAGCGAAAACGUCAACUCGUCGGGGGCAACCGAAUCCACUGUUCAAGGAGACGUUCAUCUUUCAGGUUGCCUUAUUUCAGUUGAACGACGUGACGCUGAUGGUGUCGGUAUAUGCGAAGCGCAACAUGAAACGCAACGAAAUGGUCGGCUGGUUUAGCUUGGGACUGAACUCCAGUGGACCGGAGGAGAAUGCCCACUGGGGCGAUAUGCGAGAUGCAAUGAAUCCACGCUCGGAACUGGUGACACGAUGGCACGUCCUGGUGGAUUCCUGAUUCAACUAGCUAGGGCUCUCCCCUCGGCAGAGCACGGUCAUCAGUGACGAUAUCGUUGAAGUGGCAAUCGUGCCCGGUGGACGCCAGAAGAAUCAUAAAAUGCGCCGAAGCUCCGACAGUACUGCCGGUGGCGGAACGCUAGCCUCUCCUAGAGAAGAGUCAGUGAUUCUGCAGCAGCCGGCGAUGCAACCACAACAACAACAACAACAGCAGUCGAGAAGUGAUCGGGAUUCGGUAGCCGUCGAUAUCUCACUGAUGCCAGGGAGUGACCUAGAGUUUGUUUGAGCGAGAAAGUGAAUGUUCAAGCGAGAGUGUGACACGAGAGUUUGAUGUUUCAGUGUGCCCAAUCUAGUUGUGACAUUCAGUUCUAGUUGUUGGAUCAACGUGAUAGCUUUAGUUUUAGCCAAACCCAUUUUGGAUGUUUUUAAUCGUAUUGUGACUCACAAUUUUAGAUAAGAUUCAAUCUGUGACGUUGGAUGUUUUUCGACAUAACACAAACACAAGAAUGAAACUGCUUGAUCGCGCGCAGUUUUGUAAUUGGAUUAGGAACAUUUAAAUAUGAGCGAGCAGAGGUAAGGCGGACAGGUUAGGUAAUUGCUAUGGCCAUAGCAAAAGUUUUACAGAGGGAACGGAAACUAAAUGCACAAAUUUAGAAACGCUUUGAACUUAUUGAGAUAUUUUCUCUACCGAUAAUCAGGUGCUAUAAACCAAUGUUUUUUCGUAUAUAUUUUCAAACAACUCAGCUUUAAUGAAUUUUUAAGUAGAUAUCCCUUCAAGUAAUCCUCGUUUACCGCGUAGUGACGUGAUAAAUAAUUAUCAUACUUUUCACUUUGCUAACAUUUGCAGGACCUGCAUUAAAAAAGAAAGUAUUCAUUGGCUGGAAGUAACUUCCUUGAAUCAUAUUCGAGAUUUAAAAAAAAUGCAAAAAACAAAAUAUCCAUUUUUAGGUAGGUCGCUCGACGAUAUUUGUAUUCGAUUAGGUCUUUUCUUUUUCAUGAUCAAAUAAUUUCACACAGCAAAUCGAGAAUGCGAAGUUAUGGAAAAGUAUACUUUUCUGCUCUAGGAAUUUUCCUCGGAACUAUUCAGGUGAAAUCUAGAAUUUAUUAGUCAAAUAGUUCAAUCUAACAACUGAAGGAGAAAGUGAGCGACACAGUUGUGAAAAUUUUAUGUUGUGAUAGAAAUCUACGACAAGAUGAGACAACUGGCUUCUUUUCCAGUUUUUCUUGCAUUACAUUGGAACGUUAGUUAGUUAGUUCAAAUAAAACUGAGAAAUCUGGCAUUUCAAAUGCAGAAAAUUGAAAAUCCUUGUAAAAUAUACAAAAUCUGGCAAAAGAUCUGGUUUGUUAGAGUGUCUGUAGAAAUGAGACAAAUUCCAGAUAAAUCUGGAACAUUGGCAACUCUGCCUGUGGUAAAGAAAACAGUACUUCGUUGAAAACGUCAAAGUAACCAUGCUCAAAAAUCAUAACAUGAGUUGUCUUAUAGUAUGUUCACAUUAGCGCUGAUAUCAAGUGAUAUACGAAUAUUCUUGAUAUCCGAUGAUAUCAUGGGCGAUAUCACUUGAUAUCCCAUACAAUUUGAUGUCAACGCGUAUCACCAUUUUGGCAUGAUAUCCGGGAUAUCAUCUACGAUAUUAUGUCGAGUUGUCAAAAAUCGCAACUAGCAACACGGAUAAUAGCAUUGAACGCACUCAUUUAUGAAUGUCACUUUGAGAGUGACAAUAAACAAUCAUUAUAAUUUCGAAUUCUUCAACGAAUAUUGGCGUUCGGAGACCAUUAAAUGCAAAACUUCAAUUCUUGAUUUAAUGUUAGCAGAGAAAGGUAAUAUUAUUGACCUUAUAUCUAAUGAGUGCAUUCAAGAUGACAACUUGAUUGUCAAACGAUAUCAUUUCAUUCAUAUGUGAACACUUCGACGUGAUAUGUAUAUCAUCUCGGUAUAUCAAGUGAUAUCAGCGCUAAUGUGAACAUACUAUUAUCCCGUAUACGCAUGGCUGCCAGAUGGCUGACUAAACGCUGCCAGCUGGAAAAAUAUGGCUGGCAGACAUUCUGGUGACCGACUGCCUCAUCGCUGCCAGAUAUACAACUCAAACGAUACAACCGUAUCCACCAGGAUUUUUCCACAUUGAAAUCUUUGACAUUUUCAGCGAAGGUGAGAAGAUGAAAACGCUCGGCUAACUAAGAUAUAGGCGACUUUGUUUUGUCAAAUUGGAUUUGACAACCGUCACUGAAUCAAUUUUGGUAGCCGUCUGGUGGCCAUGGCUGCCCAGGUAGCCAAACCGCUAUGCGGGAAAGACCUGUUCAAAUUUCUUCUUAUCUUGUCCAAGGUGGAAGUUUAAAAAAGUGUUCGUGUUUUCAGCAGAUUUUGAAUCUUGCGACAAUUAUCUUAUAUGAUGUCCAACUCGGUUCGGCGAUUCAAAUCAUGACACGUUUGUUUCGUAAGCCGUAUGUCAUUUGUAGAAAAGAAGGUUUAGUUUUGCUUCAGAAUGUACUUUGAUAGGCAUAAGUACUUGUCUUUUGGGUAAAAUUUUUAUUUUAAUGUUUUUUUACGAAAUGCGAUGUUUUAAAACAAUGUAUCAUUCUCACUACAGUUUAUGGUAUAUUCAAUAAUUAAACUUAGCAGACAUUGCAGAGGAAACAUCAACAGUGACUUCAUAAUAAACUAGACAAAUAUAAUUGUCACUUUGGAAACUAAUUACAGUACAAGUUUUCCACAAACCGAGAAGAUUCGUGUAAUAUAAUCAAUCUUAAUAUAUUGAUUGUAAUAUAAUAAAAUCUUUGACGAAUAAUUUCUCUUAGCUACUUUUGGAAAGCAACAUGUAGUUCUCGAACACGUUAAUCAAGUGCAUUCCACAGAUGUUCAGUUGGAUUUAUGUCUGGUAGAUGAGAAGUAACGCUUUGUGACACCUAUAACUCAUAAAAAAGUAAGGCGUGUUACACUUCCUAAUAACUAAAACUCACAAAAAACAACGUACGUAACGCUUUGUAAUACCUAUAAUUCACUAAAAUAACGCUACAUAACACCUCUAACUCACAAUCAAGAAACAUAUAUAACGCUUUGUAACAUCUAAAACUUACGACAACAGUAGCACAUGUAACACUUCGUAUCACGAAUAACUCAUAUAAAGUAAUACCUGUUACGCUUUUUAUCGCCAAUAACAUAAAAAAUAACACGUAACGAUUCGUAACACCUAUAACUCACAAAAACUAAGGCAUGUGAGGCAUCAUAACACCAAUCACUCACAAAUAAGUAUCGCAUGUAAUGCUUCGUAACACUCACUACCUAUUAAACAGUAACGCAUUUAAUCUAACUAUCUCACAAAAAAGUAAUGUAUGUAACGCUUCGAAACACCUAUAACUAAUAAAAAAGUAACGCUUCGUAACACCUAUAACUCAUGAAAAGUAACGCAUGUAAAGCUUAGUUACAACUGUAAUUUAAAAAAAUGUAACGCUUCGUAAUAUCUAAAACUAACAAAAAAUAACGCUUUAUAAAACAUAUCACUCAAAAAAACUAACGCAUAUCAUGUCUUGUACAAACUGCAACUCGUAAAAUAAGUAACGCCUAUAACGCUUCAUAACACAUGAAAGCUACAAAACUGUAACACAUGAAACACUUCGUCACGCCUAUAAUAUGGUAAAAAGUAAUGCAUGUAACGCCUCGUAAAACCUGUAACACACAAAAAAGUAAUCCAUGUAAUGCUUCGUAAUACCUAUAACUUGCAAACAAGUAACGCAUGUAACGCUUCAUAACGCCUUUAGCAUACUAAAAUGUAACGUAUCUAAUACUUCGUAACACCUAUAACCUGCAAAAAAGUAACGCAUGUAACGCCUACUGCAUACUAAAAAGUAACUCAUGUAACGCCUCGUUACAACUUAUAACUUACAAAAAAGUAACGCAUGUAACGGUUGUUAACAUCUAUAAUGUACUGAAAAUAACGCUCCGUAAUGCAUACCACUCUAAAAAUAUAACGCACGUAACGAUUCGUAACACUUAUAUUGUAAUUUUCACUGUCGGCUAGAAAUUAUUGCGAUGCGAUAAGAUAGCGAUAAAAUGCCGCAAAGAUAGUAAAACCAAAUACAAAUAAUAAUACCACUAAGUCCCAUACAAACGAACCGCCAAUGUUUGGUUCACAGCCUGAACAAGUAAGCCUAGAAAAUUACUCCCUUUCAUUGCGAUAGUUUGAAAAUGUGGAAGGAGAUCGUUUCUGGCAACGCUUUAUGUUAGUUGCUACGGUGCAAAACAAACUUGUUUGUUUAUGUUUAUCGUUGCUGUAUUAAACUGCAACAAUCAGUCUAAAUAUCACCGGCACUAGCACAAAAGAUGAAAAAUGAACACAAACACCCACAAAUCUACAAAUAUCAAUACAUUCAUGGUGGCUUAACCAUUCUAGAUUAUUGUUUAACUUACAUUUCGCUUGUGAUCUUGAUUAUCAGAUAAAAACUGUUUGUUUUUUAUUUUUCACUAAAACAAACAGUAACUAUGGUGAACUUGUUCUUACCCUUCAGUGUUGCUAGUUUUAUAGAAAACUCGUUAAAGUACAUUGUCACUCUGACAGUGUAUCAUGACAGUGUACCGCACGAUGCAAAAUGUGUCCUUGAAAAUUUGUCGAAGUAUUCCGUAUUAUAAAUUGUAUUUGGUAAAACUGUCAUUCGCAUCGAUUCAACUCCUUCGAGACCACAAACCAGAAAAAAUAUUUUUUAAAUUGGCCGUUACAAUGACAAAUUUCUAUUAGCAGAAUAAUUAUUAAGUAAACCUCAAUCAUAAUGAAUUCAGUUGGUCGUCUUUGACAGAUAUACAUUUGUUGAUGCUUUCAAAGAACAAUGAAAUAAGUUGAAACUGCAAUUGACCUCAAUCCACCAGCCGACUAUUUUUUCUUGUGGCUCUAAUGCUAGUUAAUUUCAAUACAACAGACAGCGAAGUCCAAUAUUCUGGCAGAGAUGCCAGGUGAAAUUUAUGGCGUCUGCGUACUACAAAAAUGCUCCUAUGCGAGCUUAACAUUUGAAAGUAUGACGAGAAAAACCAAACAAAAACCCUACAGUAAUAGCAAAAGUCAUUAAAUUGGACAAUUGUUUAUAAAAACUUCCAAAAACCGGCAACAAAGUCUGCUUAGUUGCAACCUGCAAUCCUAGCAUCUGUGGUUCUGACGCUCAUUAUUUCGCUAUUCUGCGACGAUUCCGUCGCAUUCUAUGUCCAGCUGAAAACCACUAUAGCUCAUGAAAGUGAUACAUGUAACACUUCGUAACAUCUAUAACUCACAAGAAAACAUCGCAUGUAACGCUUCAUAACACCUACAACUCAUAAAAAAGUAACGCGUGUAUCGCUUCCUAAAGCCUAAAAUUCGCAAAAAGUAACGCAUGUAACGCACGUAUAAUUCAUAAAAAAGCUAUGCGUCUAACACUUCGUAGAACAUAAAAGUCACAAAAAAAUUGAUGUAACUCACAACUCAAGAGUGUAGCGCAUGUAACGCUUUGUGAUCCCUAUAAUUAACAUACAGUAACGCAUUUAACGCUUUGUGAUACCUGUAACUUACAUAAAAUGCAAAUAACGCUUCGUAACACCUAUAACUAACGCAUGUAUCUUUUUGUACUACCCAAAACUCAAGUAAAAGUAACGUUUGUUAUAAGUGUCACAAAACUUAUAGAAAAGGCGAGAGGAUUAUGUUAGAGACAUAACCGGAUGGCGUGAAUACGAAUAAAAUGAAUGGUUUAGUUUCUUUGAUGUUGAUUUUGGAACUGAAUUCUGAACCUGAAGAUUUUGGAACUGAAUUCUGAACCUGAACUCGGGAACUGAAUACUGCUUUUCUUGUUCUAGAACUGUAUACUGGAUAUGGAUUGCAGAACUGAUCACUGAAUCUGUGAAUUGGAAUUGAAUUUUGGAAAAGAAUUGGUUCCGAACUGAAUUCUGAAUUUUAGUUAAAGAAGUCCGGUCCGGGAUUCAAUUUCCAAAUUCGGAUCCAGAGUUCAGCUUCGAAACUGAGUCCUAUAAUCCAAAUGGGGAAUUUUGGUUCAAAAAUCUUCGGAAUCUAGUUCCUGACCUCAGGUACACUUCUAGAAUUGUGAAAAUGAAUUUUGGAUCCAAAAUUCUAGAGCGACAUCACGGGGCUAAACUCUGAACCUGGUUUCUGGAAUGCAUUUUAGAACAAAAUUCUGGAAAUAUAAUUGAGAUUCGAAUCUGAAUUCCAGAGCUUUAGUUUCCGAAUCCUGAACCUGAGUUCUAAGCCUGAAAUCUGGACAGGGAAUCUGGUAUGAACCUCAAUUUCAGUUCAAGAAUACGGUUUCAAAAUUCAGAUCCAAGUCCAGAAUUUAUAUCCGAAAUUGAGUUCAGUUUUCGAUUUCGGCUUUAAAAUCCUGGCUUAGAAUCAAGUUCUCAAAUUCGGCCUAAGUUCCAAAAAUCUGGAACUCGAUUAUGGCUCUGGAUUUUGGACGAGAAUCUGAAUUUUAGGUUUCAAUUCUUGAAAUGAAAAAAAAUCUGAUCUUGGAUUUUGAAACCGAAUUUCAGAAUUGAGCUCUAGAAUUUGAUUCUGUACCUGAAUUCUGGUCUUAGCUAAAAGAGGCAACUACACAGGCUUGAAUGAAUUAUGUAUACAAUUUUUACCUUCUUUACAUAUCAAAUAUUUCAGAAAACUUUAAUUUCGAGUUAUUUCUGACUACUAAAAAUUCUAUCACAACUUGAUGAUCAUAUCUGCAAUCACGUGCAGAAAAAAAUAUGUUGAUACGUUUAGUAAAACUAGAGAUAUCCACGAUUAAAAACUUAUCACUCUCCCAAAGGGUAAAUUUUGAAAUGGCUCCUCAUAGCAAAGUAAGACGUAUUCACGUCAAAAGUAACGCAUAUUACUCUUAUCGCUUACAAAACAGUGCAAAAGCAAAGUCAGAGUUGUGUAAGGAUUAUUGCAUGACCAAUGCUACACUCAAGUAAAAAUUCAGGUUCGAUUCACUUAAAAAAUCACGUCAAAUAUUCACAUAACUUUUCACGUAACUAUAACUUGAUUAUUAUUUUGAGUGUAUAAUCCUACAGACACUUUCAUGUCAGGACUCGAACAUACGAUAGCUUAUUAUUACAAAAAAAAACAACCCCAGCCAAGGAAAUUCAGCCGCCUUCUUUAGUUUUAUAUAUUCUAAGAGAAAAUUCAGCAGCUAGAAGUUAUAUAUGAAAGAUCUAUAAUAGAGCAGAAACUGGAACAAAUGUAUCCCCAGCAAGCCGUUCUAGUUUUAUUUAUUCAACCAGUUCAUCUGUCAAAUUAAAAACUGGUCUACGAUGCCGUUCUAUUUUUUGUAUAUUUGAAACACGAGCCCCAGCAGUGGAUGCCAGUUUUUCUUGUUAUAAAAUUCAGAUUUAAAUUUUGAAACUGACAUAAAUUAUGCAUCUAAAACUAGAACACUACUGAAUAUGCCCUUAAAGAAUUUAAAAUGUUUUAGUCUAGAAAAUCCCUCAACAUACACUACUCUUGUUUCGAAUAUAGACAAAAUAAAACGACAGCUUAUGCCAGUUUUUAAGUCGACAGUAGAAAUGUUCGAAAAAUAAAAACUAAAACGACUUGAUGGGGGUCCGUUUGUCCAAGUUUCAUUUCUAUUACAAAUCACCCAUAUAAAACUUCCAGCUGCUGAAUUUGCUCUUCGUUUAACUUACAAAUGAUUUCAAUUCUUACAAAAGAUUAUAAGCUUGAAUUUUUUUUCGGAAGAUUUUUUUCAGUGUCAAAAUCAAUCGUAGCAGGGUAAUUUUUGACAACAAAUGAAAAGUAGUCAACGAUAAUAAAAUUUGAAACGAUUUGAUCCUAGUGGAAUGUUUGUAUUUUCAAUUGGUAUUCGAGAAAACCCAUACACAAUCAUUACAUUUGAACCUGUUCUAUUUCUGUUUUAAAUUUUAAACACAACACAAACAAUCCACUUUUUGAGAUUUAUUCGUAGACAGAAUCGUAUUGCAAUUAUAUAAGUUGACGGGCGUCACUCACUUCGCAUUCUCGAUUUAGCAAACAGUGGCUGUACUUUGUUUCAUUUUUCUUUACAAGUUUUGAUACAAUCUCUUUCGAAAAAGAACCAGAAGAGGUCUAGGCAGGUCCGUUGAGCUGAGAUGAACAACAAAACAAUUAGCGAUUCGUGCUACUUACUCGUAUUUUGUACCUGUUUCGUAUGUAUAUUCUGUCCUUGUUGGUUGAGGAAGACAAAACAAAAUCAAACAAUAUACCCUAUUUAAAAGCGAAUAAUCGGAAAGAAUUAUCUAUACAUUGUCUAUUUUGAGUGAAUCCAAAACAAAAGAAAACAAAAAUUGGAACAAUAUACUAAUCGGAAACUAUAUUUAGUUUUUCUGUUUGAGGAAAACAAAAACAAAGUAUAUUUAUUGGAUCAGUAACAUAUUUUAUACUGAUGGGAAACGAGUAGGCGAGGAUGACUCGCGAAAAAAAAAGUAGUAGAUAAGGGCCAAGUUAGGUAAAAGAGACACGAAAAAGAUAUGAUAAAAUUAGUACCUUUGAAAGGAAAUUACUGUAAACUCAAUCGCGCACACACGUUUAAUGUUAAUGAAAAAAAAGAAAAUAUAUAUAUAUAUAUAUCGUAAACAUAUUACUAAACAAACAAACUUAACGCAAAGCUAAUGAAUCUGUGUAUUUUUAUACCGACACGUCAGCUGAUUACUGUCAUUUGACGAACCGAACGACAGAUAUUCUAUACAAUAAGCGGACAAUGGGAGGAAGAUAGGAGAGGAUUUUCAUCCCGGAAAAAAAAAGAACGAAGGUUUUGGAAGAGUCUUUGACCAAAAAAAAAAACUUUAACUGUUGUUAUCAAUUUUGUCCUCACAUUGUUCGUGCCAUUAUCACCAUAUCACCAUCGUUUUGUUUGUUUGUUUACACUAGGAAUGAAAUUCGAAAAAUUCACCGUAGAUUGAAAAGUACCAGUUGAAUCCGAUAGGUGUAGCAAGUGAGCAUGGUGUCAAAGACUGUUGUUUAACACUGGAACGAUAUUUAAGAUGCUUGAUAGAUUGGAGGUAAAUCUUCAUGGAAUAACAAUUAUAGUAUCCAUAAAAGAAAGGAUUGGUGGGAGUCAGAAAAACUUUACAUAAGUAAAUGAAUCAUUUUGAAUAUACUUUCACCGUUUUAAACAAUUGAGAACACGAAAAUUUUUACUAAAAUAUAUAGUUUCGUUCCUCAAUUGAAUACCGAUUGGCACAUUUCCUGUAUUUUGGGAAAAACGAAAACAUUACAGGGUUGGUAACAGAUACACAUACGGAAACUAUUGAAAAUACACGAACUAAAGUUUUCCUGUCCAUUUAAAUUUAAUGUUAAACAAUUAAAUACACGUUUAAACAUUUUUCCUCAUCAAUAAAUAAUAAUAAUAUUUCAAUGGCUUUGACUAAGAGCAAAAAAUUCGGCUUUAUUGACACAACAAGGUAGGAAAAUAAUAUACUAACAAAAGGGAAAAGUGACUUUUCGCCUCCGAUGUGGAUGGUCCGCCAUAAAGCGUAAAUAGCUUCUCGCUCAGUUUUAACUACAACUCUCAACAGUCCAAAUUUUGUAGCGAACGCCGGACGUUGAGUCUAAGGAUCAUACUGCACAAGAUAUUAAAAACAAAAAAACCAAAAGAUCAGAUAAAUCCGCCUUUUAAAUUCAGUCUUUCAACAUCGUAUCCUGUCGAAAAGAAUCGAAAUGUAAGAAAUUGAAAAAUAAAUCAUCAUCACAUUAAAAGUUUACAUCACAUUUUUCAUUUCUCUCAAAUUUCAGUAGAAAAGUAAUAGAGUAGUCCAAAAAUUCAUGAAUAGGAGAUAAAAGAUACAUAAAAAUCAAACUUGAAAGUAAAUAAGUGUGGAAAACAAAAAUAUAGACAAAAUAAGCCAAAGCAUACACUUAUACGCAUCGGUUUUGUCAUUUUAGGCCAAAACCACGCAAUGCCACGCCAGUCGGCCAGCAGAUGGCGUUUGAUUUGUAACAAUAAAAAUUUGGUGCACGGCGGAACGUGCGAAAUUUUGAGGCGAAUCUGUGCGCCGAAGGAAAAGAAAUUAAUUUUUGUAACCUUCAAUGUAACCUCCGAAGCAAAAAACAUACCAAUACGACAUGUAACAAAUAAAAUGACUUCUCGCCACAGGUUAGAUGUGUGUGUGUGUCCACAUCACUGUCCAAAACCUGCAGUACCAUUUGUAAAAGUUGAGCGUACGAGCGGUUAUUCGAAAUACAAGACACACAGAGCACAAAGCGGUAUUUUGCCGAUUAGAAGUAGACGUUUCAUCUUAACUAUCUGCAAAAUAUAUCGACUAUUAAAAACAGAGAAAAAAAAUUACUUUGUGAUACUAUUUUUGCACCGCACAGCUGUCGCAGACGUCAAACGAAAGGUUUUUAAAUGGCGAUGGGGAAAAUGCGAACAGGAAAGCAAUCUUUGUUGACAUCUGUCACUCAACUGUGGAGUUUUUCGCUAUCAUGUGACACACGUGCUGCGUGUCGAUCACUGAUGGCGUAGUAGAUUGAAUGUCACUCGCAAAGCAGCCUACUAUGGCGCAAUAACAAACAACAUAAGUUUUAAAUAUUAACUAAACAAAAAAAAAACACGCAAACCCUGGAACAAACAUCAGUCCCAAUAGCUAGACAGAUAACGCAAUCGAUAUCUCUGAUCUGAUUUGAAACCGCAAAACAAAGACCAACAGAAAGGCCAAACAUUUUAUCUCUUACUGACAGUUAGUUCGAAGAAUAAAUGAAAGCAUAAACUCAAAUAGUACAUGAAAUAAAAAAAAGUCAUUCUCUUCUCUAGUUAGUAGUUAGUCAUCUUGUAAGGAAAAAAUAACUAAACACUUUUUACAAAAUAAAACCUACCAUGAACUCACAAAACUAAUCCCCACUCUGAACAUUCCUGUCGCUUCCUUCUGAUUAUUGUAUAAUUUUUCAACCAAGAGAGGGCCAUAUUCAGUCUAUUUUAGAUGUGCAAAAAAAAAAUCACUGUUUUACAUUUGAAUCAACGAAUUAUCAACUUAAUCUGGUAGAAAUUUAUUUACAAUCACAAAAUGUGUGAUGAAACAUGACAUUUAAAAAGAAAACUGUUUUCGGUGAACUUAUGCAAACCAAAAAAAAAAAAAAAAAGAUUUCAUUUGGCAACCAUAAUGUAAAGAUUCACCGCAAAUAAAAUUAGGUAAACAAACUGGACGAACGUGACUACAGAAUGAUUCUCCUGUAAACGAUCUAUUGAGAUGAAUAGUCCACAAGCGAUUAAACACAAGUUAGGGAAGAAGCUAUUUCACUUCUGUAAUGUGAGAUUUAAUAAAGAUUCAUGCAUUUUUUACGGAAUAUAACCAAAGGAA